CAGCUCCGGCCGCCCGGAUUGGUUCAUUGAACCUGGACACCUUCGCGUCGUCACCCUGCUUCGCCCAUCGCUUUGGCGCUCCCGCCUACAUAAAGAGAGAUCCAAGUGUCCAAGGCUCCAAACCAACCCCAACCCUGAAGGCCUUGAAGAACAAGCUUGAGCCUUGAGCAUCCAGCUGUCUGUCUGUGUGUACAUUGUUGUGCUUGUGCCCAGCAGCACGGCCAUGAUGACGAGGACGAAGGUGACCGUGGACGCGGGGAGGGAGGCGGAGGAGAUGAGGCGGAGGAACGCCGAGCUGGAGAGGGCGGCGGCGGAGGCGGCGGCGAGGGAGGAGCGGCUGCGGCGGGAGCUGGAGGCGGCGCUGGCGCGGCUGGCCGUGGCCGAGGAGGCCGAGGAGCGGCUGUGCGUGCAGCUCGGCGAGCUGGAGGCCGAGGCCGUGACGCAGGCCAUCGAGUACCAGGAGCACGUCAGGGCGCUCUCCGAGAGGCUCGCCUUCGCCGACGCCGUCCUCAGCAGGCCCUCCAGCUCCGGGUCCGGGAUCGCCGCCGGCGUCGCGGGCAAGGGAUUGAUGUGAUCCAGCGGCAUCACCGGCCAGUACAGCAUCUCACCGGCAAGCUGGUGAUCGUGUAAAGGUGUGAAUGAUUUGUUGUUGUUAUUGUUGCUCCACGACGACGAUUGGUGUGUGACGUGUAGAGCGAGGGUUGUCAAUUAGCUUGAGAUGAAUACAAGGUAUUAAAGAGAUCAGUCGCCACUUGAUCCUUCUAUCUAGUUAUAGCUGGUUCUUUUUUUUUUAUAAAAUGGAACCAGGAUAAUUUAGUUUUUGCCCUCCGUUUGUAAUAAUAAAAAAACCCUUCAAGUAAUCUUCUUUGCA